GAAACAUUUUGGGGUCUCUUCCCAAGCCAUGGCCUUCAGCGCGCGCUUUGCGCUCGGGGGCUUGGGCCUCGCAGUGGCCUACGGUGCCUUCCACAGGUGGAUCUGGGUCUGCCAAUUCCGGGCGAUGCCCGCGAACCGGGGCCCCUUCCCCAGGCCUUGGCGCAUGCUCUCCGCGCAUGCGCUGACGCUGAGGAGGUUGUGGCGCUUCCUCACUAGCCCCUUUCGGCGGCUUCCGGAUUUCUACAUUGCGGGUUCAAUGAAGUGUGGCACCACUGCGCUCUACAGCUAUUUGGCCUUGCAUCCGCAUAUCGUGACGCCCAUGUUCAAGGAGUCUCGCUUUUUUCUGGGUAUGUGUGGCUUGCGGCUCUCUACCUGGAGAUAUCGCUCCCUUUUCCCCAGCUAUUGGGCCUGUCCCAAGGGAUGCCUCACCUUCGACGCAGACGCCACAGCCAGCUUGACGCCCAACUUGGCUGCGGCUAUGUACAAGCGCAUGACCCCUGGUGCCAAGAUCAUCUUGGUCUACCGCGAGCCUGAGAAGGCAGCCUGGUCCAUGUGUGCCUUCCGCUCUCGCAUCAAGUGCACGCCCGUCUGCGGCUUCACCUUCAAGCAGAUGUAUGAUCUGGAGAUGAGAACGGUGGAGUCUCCCCACUGGGCAGAGGUGGAGCAGCUUACCCGGGCCUUGGACACCGGCGCUUGCAGCGUGACGUUGUCCGCGGGCGUGGCCCCAUGCGUGCUGAGCAGUAUGCUGAUGCGGACGCAGAGGUAUGCGGACAUCCUCCACGAGUUCCAGAGCCGCUUCGGCAAGGACCAGGUCCUGCUGGUGAAAUUCUCAGACAUUGCGACGAACACCGAAGCCACGGUGCGGCGCGUUUUCGCCUUCCUUGGCCUGGACUCGAGCAUCGAGCUGCCCGCUUUGAAGAGCGUCCAACCUGAGGAUGUUGUGGACCUGGUGGUGACCUCCGAGAAGAAGGCCUCAAUCCCAUCGGCAGAAGAGGAAGCCUUGUUGAAGAGCUACUACGGCGAGCAGAGGCGGCGGCUGGCGCAGAUGCUGAACUGUGCAGAGGAGGAUCUCUGGUGAGGCGCAGCUGCGAGCUUGGGCGGCAAACUGUUAAAACUAAGAAAAACUUGCAAACCUUGGGCAUUUUCACACACGCUGCAAUAGCUGGGCGUACAGCUUGCUGUUUUUGAUUCCCUGAGUUGGGAACGCCAAGCCAGCCUUGGCAGCCUUGUGAAUUUUCUUGCGGCUGCCCGCGAGGUAACCCACAAAGAGCUGUUUACGGGAAUCUCUCAUGCCUCAUGACUGAGGCUGGGGGCGUCUAAGCCGCAGACCGUCGCAAACCAUUUCUUAGGGUUUUUCUGAUCUGCGAAGGAGCAGCAACGCUCCUCGACGCCGAGCAAGGUUGGUAAAAGCAGACCGAUGCUUCCAAGGAUCUACCAGCACCACGCGGGCCACGCUUGGGGCUAAGGUUGACAGAGGGAUUUUAUGCGAGAGGC